CACUGUCUGCUGGACUCUGCAUAGACCAGUGUGCACGGUACUCUCGGGUUGACAGGGGGGGGACAAUAUCAGCUUGUCUGAUUCCUCCUCAGGAGCGUACCACUACAGCUAUGUAAUCACGCAAGGGUGAGCUCCUCAUUUGGCUCCACGCUCUCACCAUCCACGUCGUUGACCAGUUACAACGCCGAAUUCGCACCGAAGGAAACGAUUGUGUGCCCCUCCAGUUAGCACAUUCAGACGGCGAUGUCUGCACUUUGGUUGUGAAACACCGGCCGAUAAUCCACCCGGGCCAUCUGCCACCUUCUUCAUUGGGCAAAGGGCUCGGCCAAGCAACCUCAUCCUUCGGGGGGGCUGGAUUCCCAACCUUGAUUUAAUAACCUUCUUGCAUGAACUUUGACUUUUCUUUCCUGGUUUCUCGUCCUAAUCCAUUCGACCAUCGCCGAAUUGUUUGUCAGAAUGGAGUCGGAGAAGAGCGGCUUUCUGCCGCCAUACAGCGCCGCAGCCGUUCCGUCGCAUUCGGGUUCACGCCGCUCAGCAUCCCAACCUAAGCGGUGGCUGCGCCCCAGCCGCAGCAUGAAGCUGAUCGUCGGAUGUCUUGCAUUCAUCGCUUUUGCUCAGUGGAAGCAGCUGUCUCUGCUGCCCGCUCGCCAACCGUCGAGCAAUUUGUCCAUGGACCGCCUGCAACAAGACCUGGCAACUUGCGCCAAGCUGCGACACAAGCCGCAAGACCCAAUUGGUCUUGGCCGCAAGAAGAACGCCCGUUAUGUUGAUGGUCAGCGCCCGACGCUCAUUCGAAAUGCCACGAUCUGGGUUGGCGAGGCUGCCGAGGGAACGUCCCCGGAAGAUGCGCGCGCUGGCAAAGGAUACUCGUGGAUCACCGCCGACGUUCUUGUUGACUACGGCCUCAUUCAGAAGGUCGAGGCCGACAUCUCACUUGACUCUCUUCCCAAGAACACCCAGGUCUGGGAUGCCAAGGGCCGCCAGCUGACCAGCGGCAUUAUCGACAUGCACUCUCACGCCGGCGUUGACUCUCUGCCCGAGCUCAACGGCAACCAAGAUGUCAACGAGAUGGCGGAUGAUAUCACCCCGUACGUCCGUUCGAUAGAUGGCAUCAACCCGCUCGACCCACAGAUCCAGGUCAUCAAGUCCGGCGGUGUUACUACGUCGCUGGUUUUGCCCGGCUCUGGCAACAAUAUGGGAGGCGAAGCCUAUGUCAUCAAGCAUGCCGUCGGCAAGGCCGACGGCCGCACCGAGUUCUCGGCAGAGGACAUGCUGGCCGACCCUGACCGCAACUGGCGCUACAUGAAGAUGGCCUGUGGCGAGAACCCAAAGCGUGUUUACGGGAAGGUUGGCCACAGCCCCUUUUCUCGUCUUGGCGAGAGUUGGGAAUUUCGCCACGCGUUCGAGCAAGCCGCAAAGCUCGUGCGAGACCAGGACGACUGGUGCGACGCCGCAGACAAGUUCGGUGUUGGAAGCCAGACCUCGUAUCUGCCGCAGGACCUCAAGUGGGAGAGCCUCAGCGCUGCGUUGCGCGGUCAAGUGCACAUCAACACCCACUGCUACACGAUUCCGGAUUUGGAGGCAUUCGUCGACCACACCAAUGAAUUCAAGUUCGCCGUGCGGGCGUUCCACCACGCUCACCAAACAUUUUUGGUUCCCGAGAUCCUGAAGCGUGUUUGGGGUGGCCGUCCGCCCGCCUCUGCGCUGUUCGCCGACAACAUGUACUACAAGUCCGAAUCAUACGUCGGCUCCGAGUACGCUGGCAAGAUCCUUUGGGAGAACGGCCUCACUCCUGUCUACGUCAGCGACAACCCUGUUCUCAAUGCGCAGCACGUCCUUUUCGAGGCUGCCAAGGCUUACAGAUACGGUCUCCCUUACCAUGUCGCCCUGUCCAGCGUGACAUCUGCGCCUGCUGAAUUGCUUGGUCUUGGCCAGCGCAUCGGCAAGAUCAAACCCGGAUUUGACGCCGAUAUUGCUGUCUGGGAUAGUGAUCCUUUGAGUGUCGGCGCUGCGCCUGUACAGGUCUGGAUUGACGGGGCGGCCCAGUUCUCUGACCCAUUUGAGCUGAAAAAGCCCCUUGCCGGACCCAUCUCCCCCGACUUGACGCUAGCAAACAUCACCGAGGAGACCUUGGAUCUAAAGGAAGUCGUUUUCACUGGCGUCUCCAACGUCUGGCUUUCUAGCAAGAAUGUACUGUCGACUGGCGACGAGACUGUCAACGUCGUCUUCGCCAAUGGUGCUAUUAAGUGCAUUGGUGCCUGCGGCGACGAAGUUGCGGCCGCCAAGUCUGCAUCGAAGACUAUCAUCAACUUGACCAACGGUCACGUUACCGAGUCUUUUACUGCCUUUGGCUCUCUUAUUGGCCUCAACGAGAUUGAUGCCGAGGAAGACACUGACAACGGCCGUAACCCUACCGGAUUUUCGCGUGCGAUUGAUGGCCUUCUCCUAGACAGCAAGAAGCUGCACGUGGCCAAGCGAUAUGGUGUCACCAAGGCCAUUUCUGCGCCCAAGUUCACCGGUGGUCUGACGCACUCGGGCACUAGUGUCGGUUUCAUCACCGAUGCUUCGCAUGCUCUCGAAAAGGGCGCGGUAUGGAGCGAGGAUGUUGCAGUCCAUCGAACGUUGACACUGGCUGCCAAGAGAGGCGACAACCCCUCCAUCUCCAGUGCUGUCGGCGCACUCCGACACAACCUCCUGGAGGCGGUUGCAACAAACGACACUGGUUCGGACCCAUACUCGGAAGCUGCUUAUCUCAAGAAGGUUGUCAACGGGGAGCUUCCCCUGGUUCUGACGAUAAACAGUGCCGAUACCAUUGUGAGUGUGCUAAGAGUCAAGGCGACUGUCGAGGAGGCUCUCGCUGCGAAGAGCCAAUCCACGAAAUCGCCCAAGCUUCGUGUCGCCAUCAUUGGAGGCGCAGAGUCUCAUCUCGUUGCUUCUGAGCUGGCAUCCGCCGGCGUUGGUGUGGUCCUUGCACCGUUCCAGUCGUUCUCGUAUACCUGGGACCAGAGGCGUUCGUUGACCGGUGCUCCUCUCACAAACGGCACCGCCAUUGACGCUCUUCUCGACGCUGGGGUUCUGACUGCCAUUGGGCUAGAGGAGGACUGGCUCGUCCGUGACCUAGGACUUCUUGCUGGAAUUGCGCAGAAGAAUGGAAACGGUCGGCUGAGUGAGAAAAAGGCGCUGGACUUGGUCUCCUCUAACAUUUACGAUAUCCUUGGCAUCAAAGAGCCGGAGUCCGGGAAUGGUCGCCACUUUGUUGUACAUGAGGGCAGCCCCCUUGAUAUUGAAGGAAGAAUCCGCGCGGUUGGUAGCGGCCGCGACACGGUGUCUGUGUUCGUGUAGUUGGUUGGUGGGGGGGGGGGUAACACCGGCAUUACUCGGUCCAAACAGUAUUGCGACUCCAAGGAUCCAUAAUAUGUACAUUAAAGCCAGACUCCGGAACCGCGCGCGUUCCAAGCUCACAGUUAUUGCAGAUGCAUCUUACGCCUGACGGCAUCGCAACCAAAGUCACAACAGGGUUAUUCUGUUACGUAUGCUUAUGGAAGCAAAUUGACUCAACAAUGUCCCCUCGGCUUUGGCUGCCGUUGUAUCCAUACUGGGGUUGCUGGGCUAUCGCUCUUGUUCCCGCGCGGGUAUUACCAAUCCCGGACGGCGAAGAUCCCACGGGUAUCAAACGAUGACCAAUGAGAGGGGGCAGUGCGAAGCCAACUGAACAGGAGAAUACGCUAGAUGCAGCUAGUCAGGCCACUGCUAUAUGAGGUCUCCUGCCCCCACCACUCGAAACCACUUCUGAAGGCCCA